AGCUUUCUGGUUCUCUAUAACAGCAGAGGAGAGAGCGAGAGAGAGAGAGAGAGAGAGGCGAUGUCAUGAGCGUAUGGUGGAAAUCUACCAGUCUCGCUGUUUCUCAUCCUCAUUCUACUUCGCUCUCAAAAUCAAAUCUCUUGCUUCUGAGUAAUAGAAGGAACAUCUUUUGCAGAGCUGAUGAAUCCAGCCGCCCAACACACAGGUCAGUUUGGAGCCAACUGUAUUGAUCUCCAACCGGGAAAAUCCUUCGGCAAUCCCAACUAUGGAGAAGUGCCUGUCCCGCCAGGCUACGUGCCCCCGCAGGCUCCGGCGAUGAUGCCGACUCCUCAGAGACCGCCUGGGUGUCCUCCUGGGCUGGAGUACUUAACGCAGAUCGACCAGCUUCUCAUUCACCAACAAGUGGAGCUGGCUGAAGUUAUUUUAGGAUGGGAGACCAACAACAAGUACGUGGUGAAGAACACACUCGGGCAGCAGGUCUUCUACGUGGCCGAGGAGAACGACUGCUGUAACCGGAACUGCUGUGGACCGCUCCGCUCCUUCGUCCUCCACAUCCAGGACAACAUGGGCCAGGAGGUGAUCACGCUCACAAGACCUCUACGCUGCGGCAGCUGCUUGUGCCCCUGCUGUCUGCAAGAGCUUGAGGUGCAGUCUCCACCGGGCAAUCCUAUCGGCUACGUGGUUCAGACGUGGCAUCCCUUCUUACCCAAAUACACCAUCCAAAAUGAAAACAAGCAGGACGUCCUGAAGAUAAAGGGACCUUGCUGCACCUUUAAAUGCUGUUCCGAUGUGAAUUUUGAGGUUUUGUCGAUGGAUGAGACGUCGUCUGUGGGCCGCAUAAGCAAGCAGUGGUCCGGCUACAUUCAAGAGGCGUUCACUGAUGCCGACAAUUUUGGGAUCAAGUUCCCUGUGGACCUGGAUGUGAAGAUCAAGGCUGUGCUUCUCGGAGCCCUUUUUCUCAUCGACUUCAUGUUCUUUGAGAAUAAACAGAAUAGACAUUGAGCGAGUUUUCUGCCUGUUUUCUUCAUCGUGAGCUGUCCCUGGUUCGCAGGAUGUUUAUCCUAAACCAAAUAUCCUCUCUGUCUAAAUACAACUACUUUGUGUUUCUUUAAAACACUGUAAAUGUCUAUUGUGUGUGGAAAUUCAUUUAUAAGCAAAUAAUCACCAAUAUUUCAUCCACUUUUUACAAAGACUAGUCUUUCACAUCACAGUCAGAUUAGUACACCUUUAGCUUACAGAAAUACCAGAGAGGUUUUAUAUUGAGCCUCUUAAUGCUGCCAUAAUAUUUACCGCCUUCAUUUCUGUUUGGGGUGAACAUACAUAAUUUGGUUCGAUCAGUAAUUUGUCUAACGUUGCAGUCUGGAGAAACUGUUGUCUUCCUGAUCUAUGGUCAUCGCAGGUGUUUUCAGCCACUCAUGUCCAUGCAUCCAUCCAUCCAUCCAUCCAUCCAUCCAUCCAUCCAUCCAUCCAUCCAUCUUCAACCACUUAUCCAAAGUCGGUUCACGGAGGUAGCAGUUCCAGCAGGGAACCCCAAACUUCCCUUUCUCCAGCCAUCUCAGCUAACUCUGACUGGGGAAUCCCGAAGCGUUUCCAGGCCAUUGUGGAGAUAUAAUCUCUCCAUCUAGUCCUUAGUCUGCCCCAUGGUCUCCUACCUGGACCAGCUCCCUUGGGAGGUGACAUCCUGGUGACAUCUUUACCAGAUGGCCGAAACACCUCAACUGACUCCUUUCCAUGUAAGAAAGGAGCAGCUCUACUCUCAGUUUCUCAUGGAUGACUGAGCUUCUCAUCUUAUCUCUUAGUGAAAAGCCAGCUACUCUUCUGAGAAAACGCAUUUCGGGCCUGUAUUCGCGAUCUUGUCUUUUUGGUCAUGACCCAACGCUCAUGACCAUAGGUGAGGGUUGAAUCAAAGAUCACUGGGGCCAGGGGUAGCUCAGUGGUAAAGGAAUUGGACUACGGUUCGGAAGAUCCCAGGUUCAAACCCCACAACCACCAUGUUGCCCCUGUUGGGCCCUUGAGCAAGGCCUUUAACCCUCAACUGCUCAGAUGUGUAAUAAGAUAAAAAUGUAAGUCGCUCUGGAUAAGAGCGUAAAUGUAAAUGUAAGAUUGACCGGUAGAUUGAGAGCUUUGCCUUUUGGCACAACUUUCUUUUUCUCACAAUAGUGCGGUAAAGCGACUGCAAUACUGCCCCCGCUGCUCCGAUUCUCUGGCCAACCACACAUUCCAACAUUCCAUCACUCGUAAACAAGACCUCGAGAUACUUAAACUCCUUCAAUUGGGGUAACAACUUGUUACCUAUCUGGAGUAGACAAUCCAUCGGUUUCCUGCUGAGAACCAUGGCCACAGAUUUCGAGGUGCUGAUCCUCAUCCCUGCCGUUUCAAACUCAGCUGCAAACCGAUCCAGCAAGCGCUGCAGGUCACAGACUGAUAAUGACAUCAGGACCACAUCAUCUUCAAAAAGCCACUCAUGUCCGGUAAUAAAAUUUCCAACUAAUCUCAGAACAGUUUUGAACCUAUGCAUGAUUUAGAAAAUUUGUCCUCGAGUACAAAAAAAACCCCUCCAGUCUACUAAUGACACGGAUACACAACAAGAACUUGACUUGAACUAACCAGGCCAGGCUAAGCGGCUUUUUGGUGAGAUUAAUCUGUUGUGAUUGACACCUCGGGUGUUAGAAAAGGAAAACUGCUGGGUUGUGGUAUAAAAAAAAUAAA